AUGGAAAAUAUGGGUGCGAAAGAUGCAAUCAGCAAGGAUUGCACCACUAAGGAUACCAAUGAUGAGGAGCUUACAACUCUAAAGAAGCAGAAGCGUAAGAAACGUAAUGAUCCUGAAUUAAAUUUACCAAGUAGUACAGAGGUCAGCAAGACUAAAACGCCGUAUAAAGGAAAACCAGAUCACUGUUAUUUUUGGGAAAAUAAGGUAGAUCGUAGAUUAAAAGAAGAAGUAUUUUCUCGUAUGAGAGCAGAUAAGAUAUCUUUGGAAGCCAAAAUAGAUCCACUUAUUUGUGAAUUAGGAGCAAGAUACCUGAAAAUGCACCGUGAAAAGCAUUUCAAAAUUCUUUUGGAAAUGAGAGCAUUGGAAACAUCCAUAACCACAUUUAUUUCAGCCUUGAAGCCAAAUUUUUUUGAAAUAUUUGUGGAAGCCGCAAAACGCAUCGCCAAAUAUGAUGCUAAACAAGAUGUUUAUUUGUCUCCAACAUUUGCCAUUAAUAUUGCAACUUCUUUGAAACAGUGUUGCGAUAUUGCAAUUACUUUUAUUUAUACCAAAAAUAUACCACAUUACUCAUUGUCUAACGCAACAAUUGAGGCAGAAUUAAAAACCUUGAUUCGUCUUUUUGAAACUAAUUGGUGUUUUGAGAUAUCUUCACAUGCCGCCAACACCCUCAACCUUAACAAGUGGAAUAAAGUAACCAUUGUUCCCCUUGCUAAUGACUUACGUUUAUUAAGACAACAUCUUAUCAAUUUAGCUAAACAAUGUUUGGAAGUCCUUACCAAACAGGUUGAAGAUGCCAAAAGCAAUAUUGAAUUAGAUGAUGUUGACUGCCAAGUUACCAUAAAGGACAGUGUAGCAUUUAAUAAUUUAGUGGAGACUAUCUACUGCAGGGGUUGUUAUCCGGAGAAGCGAGGUAAAGGAGUUCCCGUCUUAUUCCAUUCUGACAUUCAAGAACAUAUUGACAUAAUAUUAAAAAUUAGAAAUUAUUUUAUCCCAAAAAAUAAUCCUUAUCUUUUUGCCACAGCCAAUUCUAACGCUCAUUUAAUAGGAUAUAAAAUUUUAAGCAAACACUCUAAAUUAUGUGGUGCACAAAACCCUUCCUCAAUCACCUCAACCCGAUUGCGAAAACAUCUUGCACCUUUAUCACAAUUAUUUAACCUUUCGGAUGGAGAAAUAGAACAGUUAGCUACUUUCAUGGGGCAUACACCUGGUGUUCACAGAAAUUCCUAUCGCCUACCUGAUGAUGUUUAUCAGACAGCUAAAAUAUCCAAACUAUUAAUGGGCGGGGCAAAUCAUUAUAAAGGAAAAUCUAUAGAUGAUAUCGUUAUUGAUAUGGAAGAAAAUCUUUUAGAUGAAAAUAACUGUGAUGAUAAUAGUGAUGAAGGUGAAAAUGAUAUUAUGGACGAUUUAGUAAAUACUUCUAAGGCGUCAACCAGUAACUGCAAAGCAUUAAGCCCAAGAAGCGAUGCUGCUAAAGAGUUUGUCGCAGAGUCCAAAAAGAAACUUACCCGGAAAUUAGUGCCAUGGACGAUUGAACAAAAACAAAUCACUUUAAAGUAUUUUAAAAAUCACAUCAAAUCUCAAAAGCCUACUAAAAGACAAGAAUGUGAUGAAUUGAAGGAAAAAUACAUAGAAUUAUUGCACAACAAAGAUUGGUUGAAAAUAAAAGACAAAUAG